AUGCCAGAAAUAUACGAUACAGUGAAAUCAUUUAAACAACUAUCCUGCGAUUUUUUAAAAAUAUUAGAUCAAGAAGAAACUUUUGAUGUCAUUAUUUAUGUUGGUAAUAAUUCUAGCAGUGAAACAUUUAAGGCUCAUUCAAUCAUUUUAAAAAAUCGGUCAGAGUAUUUUAGAGCCGCAUUAUCUGCUGUAUGGAGUAAAAAGAAAGAGGAUGGCUAUUAUGUUAUUGAUUUGCGCGGUAUGGACAUACCGCAGGCUAUCUUUGAAAAAGUAGGGGUUUCAGAAAAAUUACAAUUAUUAAAAGCAGCAGACGUAUUAAUGAUGGAUUCUUUUGUAGAUUAUAUGGAAGCCGAUUUAAUACGAGACGAAAAAUGUUGGAUCCACGAGAAAAGUAGUGAAGUCCUUUAUGUAGCUUUACAAAUUUCAAGGUGUAAAGAAUUAGUAACGUUGUGCAAUAACGCAAUACUUCGACACCCCAAAGCUUUUGUAAGCUCCAAGGAAUUUUUAUUUCUUCCAUAUGAUUAUAUGAUUGGUUUAUUAGAGCGAGACAUAUUUGGGUUAGAAGAGAUAGAUAUAUUUGCGGCGGUGAUAAUGUGGGGGAUAAAUAACACACCUGGAAUUUCACUUGUUGAUGAUUUUUCAACUUGGACAUCAGAAAAUAUAUCAACAUUACAAUCAAACGUGAUUAAUUUACUUUCUUUAAUAAGAUUCUUCCAAAUGGAACAUGAUGAGUUUAUUAAAAAAGUUGGACCUUUAACAAAAGUUUUUUUACCAGAAUUGUACGAUCAGGUUAUUGAAUAUCAUUCAAAAACACAAUUUCAAUUUAUUUAUGACAUUCUGCCUUUAAGGUUAAAUAGUACAAUCAUAAAAGAGAAAGAAGAACCAGCACUGAUAUCAUAUUGGAUCCUUCAUCCCGAUACAACGGAUGAUAAUCCCGAAAAAAAUCCUUAUACGACAUUUGAUAAAAUUCCGUUUGAUUUUCAUUUAAUAUUUAGAUGUAGCGGUGCUGAAUUGGCUGAACAAAAAUGGCGAGAACAAUGUUACAAUCAAGGACCAACCAUAACAAUAAUCAGAACUAAAAAUCAAAAUGAAGAUGAGGCUGUGUUUGGUGGGUAUAAAAGUAUCAGUUGGUCAGCAGAGAAUCAAGAAAUGAGAAUUGGUGGUGAUGGAUUUAUAUUUGGUUACCUCUGGCAACAAAGAAAAUUACUAUUACCUUGGAUGUUAAGAGUGAAUAAUCAUUUGGAUGUUAACAUGUUUUUGGGAGAUGGGAUCGAGGUCUUUAUUGAUUUUAGACAUGGACAAAAAUUAUUGGCUCAUGCUAAUGGAUUUCAAGAUUUAGAAGAGACGAUUGAGGAGUUGGAAGUGUUUAGAGUCGUUCGGAAAAAAAUGGAUGACUGA